AUGGAAAUUAGAGGGUUACAUUCGGAAGCAGAGUGGCCCGCCGGGGAUAACAAUGGCAAUGAAGGGCCCAGGAGCCCCGCAGUUAUAACAGAUACAAGAAUAGCUAAUAACGCUAAGAACAAGAAGCCAGAGUCCAAGGCUGCCAUGACCACGUACAGUUUGGCAAAGAACCCUAUAAGCGGAGCAAGCUGCGACGAAGUUGCCUUGCGCGAGGCCCCUCGCCCGGACCCUGACAAGGGUGUCAGGCCGAGGGCUCGCGGAGAACAAUAUUUGACCGAGCGGUGGCUCGAACCUCACUCCGGGUUCGUAGCGAGACCAGAGAAAAACCGCACUCGAGCGAAGAGGAAAUUAAGAAAGAUCGGCUUCAUAAGAAGCUAUGUAAGAUAG